AUGGCAAAUGUGAAAUGUCCUCUACCUAGUGAAGAUGACGAUUUUGCUGCAUGGUUCUCAAGGUGUCUAACGUGUGGUGAUAGUACUUUGGUGAUGAAAUGUGUCCUCAUUUGCUGGUGCAUCUGGAAGGGCCGUAAUGAAUUGGUAUGGAAUAAUAAAGUUUGGCAACCAUCCUUAAUACAAAAUGAGGUGGCUAAUACUUUUGUGGAAUGGCAGGGAGAGGCAACUUUGGUAGAAAGUGAAGAAAUGCAUGGACAGAACAUUAAUACUUUACCAGGUGAUAGUCCAGGUACUAUGAAUAUUUAUGUUGAUGCCACGGUUUUUGGUGAUACUGAUGAAGCUUACUUUGGGGUCUUUGUGGUGGAUAGUAAUGGGGAAUUCGUAGCAGUUAAAAAUGGCCCAAUCCGUUGUUUGAGUGAUGUUCAUUUAGCUGAAGCUCUAGCGGUGAAGGAAGCUUUAUCUUGGGUUAAGGAGUUGGGUCUCACAAAGGUAAUCAUCUAUUCUGAUUGCAAGAAUGUUUGUAGGCUGCUAAAUGGCACAUCUCAGGAUCUAUCAUAUGCAGGUUGUGUUAUUCGUGAGUGCCGAUCUUUCCAACGACACUUUGAUUUAGUGUCAUUUCAUUAUGUUUCAAGAUCAGUGAAUAGGUUUGCUCAUGCUUUGGCAAGAGCUACUCGUUCUCAGACUGGUUCUUCUUGUUGGUUGAUUUCAUUUCCUUCUUGUAUUGAACAUUUGCGUUAA